AUCAGUAGACAGCUAAGAACAGCAAAGUGAAAGAAAGUUUCUUUUUAAAUUUAAAAGUUAUAAUUGAAAGUGAUUUUUCUCUUUAAAAAACAAACUGCGAUCGUUAUAGUUGCGGCAAAAAUGCAUUUACUACUCUAGAUAGUAUACCCCUGCCGGGAAAAAGUUUAUUAAACUGGAAAAUUGCUUCACACGUCAACUCUUCCGAUAGGAGAUAGGCUUGGAAGUUCCAAAAUGACGAGCAUGGAACACGAAGCAAUCAAGUUCGCUAGUCCAAAUCCACAGGAUCUGGAGCUAGAGGAAGGCGAGGUGACAGAUGACAGCGACGAAGGUUACACGCCUCUGGCACGGCCAGAUCUAGCCAAAACUGAGUUCGCCGGUGGCGCUAGUGUUAGCCAAGCCCGGACAGCAAUGGAAAUCCUAUCGGAUCAGGAUGAUUUGAAUGACGAGUCAGAAGCUAGUUCGGAUGACAGCGACGAUGAUGGCACCAGUUUCGGUAAACGAAUGAGAAGUAAUAGCGACAAGAAAAUAAGGAUACGUCCUCCGUUGGAGAAAAUUCCACAACCACAGUCGAGUCAGUCGCUCCCGAACAAAUAUAACAUCUGGACGGAAAGUCUGCAAGAAGAUACGUUGAUGGAGAAUAUGCGCGGAUGUGAUGUCACUCUGAACGGGAUGAGAAAUCGGGACGUUGAAUCCUACGAUUACAGUUUGAAAUAUCGAAUGAACGGUGACAACGCGUUUCAAAGGGCGAUGAAAAGGAGACAGUCAAAUUCGGAUGACUCCGAUGGAUGCGGGGGUGGCAAGCGGUUUCGGUCGACCUCAUUCGGAAGUGCCUGUGUUCGAGAACGAAAGAGCGUGAAACUGCGACUCGGAAAACGCAACAGUAGCGAUAGUAAUAGCAACGAUAGCUUCCAGAACGCACCAAGAUUUGCUUCCAGGCACAUUCUAGAUUUGAACGUGGCAGAUGACUGUGAUUACGAAGUUUUCGCUGCCGAACUAGCCAACAAACUAUGCGAGGAAAAAGAUGACUUAAUGUUACGUGUCGUCAGCGUUCUUGGAAAACAAAUACCGGCAAAGAUAUUCAAAGAAACACAAAAAAUUGAAGCAGACGGAGGAAUGCUUAUAAUGAACGGUGCACGUCGUCGUACUCCAGGUGGUGUUUUCCUGUUUCUACUCAAGCACAGCGAGGAAGUCGACAAGGAUGAUAAAAAGGCAAUCUUCCUGGUAGAGAAAAAAGCAGCCAUCAAGGAGCGCAAGAACUCUCAGGCAGUGAACCGGGAAAAAAAGGUCGAAGAACUGAAAAAGACCCUCAAUAGGCAAGCAGCUGAUAAUGAACUACCAACAAGAAGCGAUUUAAUGUUGUCUCAUCUGAAGCCGGAAACACACAGUACAUUAUCCAAUCCACCUCCAUCGCCAGUGGGUGAUGAAAACCGUGAAGGAAGCCCCGACUACCAUCCACAAAACGUACAUGUAAAUGUAACAAGCCUUGAAAAAGUUCUUAGCGAUCCAAAGGAUCAAGAAUCGGAACCAGAGAGUUCCCGACGGGACCCAACACAGCUGCAAAACUAUGACGACGAUUUUCUCGAUAUGACGUGUGACGAUAUGGAUAUGUUUUAGCAUCCCACGAUGGCCAUUCGAUGGUAUGGAUCCUCCCGUCGCUGUUGGAGGGUUGCUCUGAAUUUCAGCAAAAAAAUAACUGAUACUAAAGCAAAACUUUCAAAUCAGUAUAGGUUGAAAUGUUCGUCUAUACUUGGGGGAGACGAUAGUUUGUUUGGCUAUCGUUAAAUGGAGUGGCAUGAAAUAAAAGUACGAGAGCAGGCGUGAGUGAGAUUCCGUAUACUAGUUCAAUGGAAGUAAGCGAUUAACAUGUAGAGACAUAGUGUUUAGUUUGCAGGAAAUAUAUUUAAUUUUCUAAAACCCGUCAA